UGAUAUGUCUCGUGGAGAUAGUUUGAAUUGAAUUCGAUGUUCUUUACAUCUGUUUAUAAAUUCGUUAUUUUUUUACAGAAUUUUUUUCUUCUUUUUCCUGUUGCAUAAAUCUUUUCGUUUAAAAGCAACAAUGGACAAUACCAAAAACAAAUUAUUCUCCACUUAUAUACGACAAAAAGUCAAGAGCCAAAAAUACAAUCCCGAAACUAAUAAAUUUGAAAAUAUUGGCAGCAGUAGUGAUAGAAAUUGUGACCAGAUUUAUAAUGGAUGUUUCACGCGUUUCAAACUGAUGGAACAACGAUUAACAGAUGUGCUCGAUGAAAAAUUAUUGCCUCGUUUCGAAAAUAUUGUCGAACAUUUACGUAACAUACAGAAUCGUUCCGAAAAGUUCAAUUCUAGAUCAUCAUUUGAUGAUAGAAAAUCAAAAUCAUCAUUAAUUAAUAAUGGCGACAUAGAAUUUUUCAGCCGACACAAUAUGAACACCAAAAUUUGUUCAAAUAACGAACGAAUGGAUAUCGAUCACGACAGGCCAAUACAGAGUCCGGAAUGUUUAUACAAAGAACUUUUAUCGUUAAUCGCCGAAUUCAUACAAGUCAUGGAUAGAUCUACACAUCAGAUUCUUGUGGAAAAAGCUGCUGUUUAUCUUCUAUGGGUAUUAUAUGAUUCAUUUCAGACAGAAUUCCAAACACAACAACCGAUGACCGAUAAAAAUCAAACAACAUUGAACUUCGCAAAUAUUAGCUCGCAUUACAAUGAUCUUGAAUAUAUUCUAUGCUUAAAUCCGAUAAAAUAUAAUCUAAUGGAAAAAAUGUAUCAAUGUUGCCGUCAGAUAUUUCAGGUGAUGGAGCCGAAAUAUUUGAAUGAAAUUUUCUUUUACGCCAGUGUUAUUAAAAAAGUCACAACCGAUCUUGAAAAGCAAUCUUCCCAAGAAAAUUAUGAUUGGUACAAUCAAUUUACCGACCGUUUUUUCGCAGCUGAUGAUGUUGAAAUUCAAAUCGAUCCUUACGCUAAUAGUAAAUUCAAUUAUAUGUUAAUGAAUAAAUACGAUAAGCAAAUUAUUCACGAAUGUACUACAGAUUUUACAAAAUUCAAUCCAGAUUAUUCUAAUUCGGAAUUCAUCCUGCAAAAUUUACUUUAUUCCAAUUUAAUUCCUCAUCAUCUGCAAUCUUCAGGGUCAAAUUAUCAACCAAAACAAGAGGUUAACAAUAUCCCAAAUGAAAAUCAGCAAAAAAUGUCAUCUGAAUUUCAAGUUGAUAUGGAAGAUUCUUUGGCAAAUAAGUCAACCGAAGAUAUUUUGGCCAAGUUAUAUGAAGAAUUAACAACAUUUAUUGCCGAUUAUAAUCAAACGAAUUCGGAUAAAUUCUAUCUGAGCGCCGAAGAAUUGAAUCAAAUGGUUAUGAAUCGUUUGAUCAACAGUGAUAAUGAUAACGAUAGUCUUUAUGAAGAAUUGACCAAUCUACUUGGGGAAAAAUACUUUCAAUUAGUCCGAAAAUUAAUUUUUGUUUAUAAACCAAAUGUUCAAUCAAAUAACCAAUCGAUAAAUGCUAAUCAACCAUCAUCCUCAACAUCCAAAAAAGGUAACAAUAAAAACCUUGAUGAAGUUUAUCGACGUUUCAAUUCAUCUCGUGACACUGGAUCUCAUUCGAUUCGGCCUUCGGUAGUUGUUACAACCGCUAAGGAAAAAGCAUUGAAAAAGGAGAUGCGUAAAAUUGCCAAGAAAAUCAAUAAAGUACAAAAAAAUACCGUUGACAAUGAUGAAAUUGAACCUCAAAGUGAUAAACUUUCUCUUGAAGAUCUAGAACGUAUGCGUGAAAAAAAUCUUAAAGCAUCAAUUCGAUCAAUAUUAGCACCAAAAAUGGCCGAACAACUACGCCAAUAUCGUCCAGUUGAACAAUAUCCAUUUGUUUAUGACCUUUACCGUUCUAUAAAAACUACAGCUUCUUACAUUGCCGAAACAAAAUUAUUGCUUCCGAUUGGAUCCGAACGAAAAGAAUUCAAAACGCAUGACGAAGUUUAUGUUCCGCUUCUUGCGAGCACUGAUGAAACGCAAAAAUUUUUAAAUAAUUUUUCACGUAUUGAAAUUGCCGAUACUGAUGAAUUUAUUCGAACCGGAUUUGAUGGUUUUGAAAAGUUGAACAUCAUUCAAUCAGCAGUAUUUUCUACCGCUUAUCAAUCGGAUAAUCAAAAUAUGUUGAUAUGUGCACCAACUGGUGCUGGCAAAACUAAUAUAGCCAUGUUGGCCAUAUUGAACAUAUUGCGUUCAUUUUCCGUAGAUGAUUCCGUGUCCAAUAUUGACUUAGCUCAAUUUAAAAUAAUCUAUAUUGCUCCGAUGAAAGCACUUUGUGCCGAAAUGACUUCUACUUUUGGUCGUCGUUUGCAGCCAUUUGGUGUUAAAGUUCGUGAAUUGACUGGUGAUAUGCAGAUGACCAGCAAAGAAAUAAUGGAAACACAGAUGCUUGUUGUCACACCGGAAAAGUGGGAUGUUGUUACGAGAAAAUCUGUUGGUGAUGUUCAACUUAUGGAUUUGGUUCGAUUAAUUAUUCUGGAUGAAGUUCACCUUUUGCAGUCAGAUCGUGGUCAUGUUGUCGAAACGAUUGUGGCUCGCACAGUACGUUAUGUUGAACAAUCACAAAAAUGUAUUCGAAUGAUUGGAUUAUCAGCUACAUUGCCCAAUUAUGUUGAUGUUGCCCAAUUUCUUCAUGUUGAUCUUUACAAAGGAUUGUAUGUAUUCGACGAUCGAUUUCGACCAGUUCCAUUGGCCAAAACUUUCAUCGGUUGUAAAGCUCGUUCGAAAAAUCAGCUCAAUAGUGAUAUGGAUGAAAUAACGAUGAAACGAGCUAGAGAAAUAUUACAAAAAGAAUAUCAAGUUAUGAUAUUUGUACAUUCAAGAAAUGCUACAAUGGCCAUGGCAACCUAUUUAUUAGAAAAAACUCAAUAUAACGAUCCCAAUGACCGCGAUGGUGGAGAAAGUUUACGAUUAAUGUUCCAGGCUGAUACGGCAAGACUUCCCGGUUCAGAUAAUCUGAUUUCCAGAGCUAGAUAUCGAAAUUUAAACAAAUUUCUUCUAAAUGGCAUUGGUAUUCAUCAUGCUGGAAUGCCACGAUCGGAACGUAAUAUUGUGGAAAAAUUAUUUAGUCAUGGCGUUAUUAAAGUUCUAGUCUGUACAUCUACACUAGCUUGGGGUGUAAAUUUACCAGCACAUUCUGUGAUUAUCCGUGGUACCGAAUAUUAUGAUCCAUCGCAAGGUAGUUUUGUCGACAUAGAUAUGCUUGAUGUUAUGCAAAUUUUUGGACGAGCUGGUCGGCCACAAUUUGAUAGCGAUGGCGAUGCUACAAUUAUUACUACAUAUGACCGUUUACCACAUUAUCUCAGCAUGUUGACCAAUCAACUUCCUAUCGAGAGUAAAUUUUUAAAACGUUUGGUCGAUAAUUUAAAUGCUGAAAUUGUUCUCGGUACCGUAUGCAACAUCAGAGAAAUUGUCGAUUGGCUUAAAUAUACCUAUUUGUAUAUUCGAAUGCAACGAAACCCAUUGGAAUAUGGUCUUAAAAGUAUAGCAGCUCAUGAUCUUGGCCUUAUCAUUGAUCAUUUGACAAGUCUUGCAAAAAUUUCUUCGGAACAAUUAGAUCGAGCACAUAUGAUUCGAUAUAAUCCCGAACGAGAAGGAACGGUAGAUGCUACACAUCUUGGCCGUAUUGCUUCACAUUUUUACAUUCAAUAUGAAACCAUUGUUCAUUUUAACGAAAAUCUUCGAGAUGUCAUGGAUAUUGGCAAUAUUUUUCAUCUUAUGUCAUCGGCUAGUGAAUUUCAUCAGCUCAGAGUUAGAGAAGAGGAAAUUGAACAGCUUCAAAAUUUAUGGAGUAAAUGCAAAUUUAUGAUCAAUGGCGAUCUAACUAGCACCGAUACGAAGAUUAACAUUUUGAUGCAAUCCUGUAUUAAUCGAUCGAUUACUGAAUGUCAUUCAUUGAAUUCUGAUAUGAUGUACAUUCUUCAGAAUAUGUCCCGUUUAACUCGUGGCCUGUUUGAGUAUGUUAUACGUCGAGGAUGGCCGGUUUUGUCUGAAAAAUUUCUGGAUAUUUCGUUGAUGUUUGAGAAGCAAAUAUGGAAUUUCGACACACCUUUAUAUCAAUUUGAAUCUGAAUUGACAAGAGAUGUUUUAGAUAAGCUAUCAUUUAUUCAUCAAAGCAAAAAUAUUCAACAUUAUGAUCUUAGAGAAAUGGACGUUAAUGAAAUCGCCCAAUUCAUCCAUGAUAAACGAUAUGCUCCUAUUGUUAAACGAUUAGCUCAGACCAUACCGUAUGUUCAGAUUGAAGCAUCAGUCAAGCCAAUAACGCGUACAAUAUUGACUAUUUAUAUUGAUGUUAAGCCAGAUUUUGUCUGGGAUGAUAAAUAUCAUGGAAAAGCAGCUCAACUUUAUUGGAUCUGGUUGACAGAUAUGGAAAACAAUCAUAUUUAUCAUGCCGAACUUGGGCGUUUUAUCAAAAAACAAGUAAUUAAAAAAGAAACGCAACGUUAUAUUUUUACGAUACCGUUAUUGGACGCAGCAUAUCUUCAGAAACAAUAUCUAAUCAAUUGUACAUUCGAAUAUUGGAUGGGUGCGAAAUGUGAAACUGAAGUAUCUUGUCACAAUUUACUAUUGCCUGACAAGCAUCUGCCCCAUACUCCGCUUUUGGACUUGAUGCCAUUACCAAUCAAAGCAUUACAGAACGAUGUAUUCGAAUCGAUUUAUCCGUUCUCUCAUUUUAAUCCGAUUCAAACACAAAUAUUUCAUACAUUAUAUCAUACUGAUAAUAAUGUGCUGCUUGGAGCGCCAACUGGCUCCGGAAAAACAAUUGCUGCCGAAAUCGCUUUAUUCCGUGUUAUCAAUACACGUCCUUGGGGCAAAAUUGUUUAUAUUGCUCCAUUAAAAGCAUUGGUACGUGAACGUGUUGAUGAUUGGAAGCAAAAAAUUGAAAAGAAAAUUUCAUUAAAUGUUGUUGAAUUGACCGGUGAUGUUACCCCUGAUUUGGCCACUAUUGAUUCCGCUCAGUUAAUAGUGACUACACCAGAAAAAUGGGAUGGUGUUAGUCGUGGCUGGACAUUUCGAAAAUUUGUACGACAAGUUGCUCUUAUUGUCAUUGAUGAAAUUCAUUUGUUGGGAGAAGAACGUGGUCCUGUUCUGGAAAUGAUAGUAUCUCGUACAAAUUUUAUUCGUCGUCGUACUGGUGAAAAUAUUCGAAUUAUUGGAUUGUCAACUGCUGUGGCUAAUGCUCAAGAUCUUUCAUCAUGGUUGGAUAUUCAUAAUGUUGGCCUUUAUAAUUUUAGUUCUUCAGUUAGACCGGUGCCUAUCGAAGUUCAUGUAUCGGGAUUCUCAGGCAAACAUUAUUGUCCGCGAAUGGCUUCCAUGAACAAACCAGCAUAUCGAGCAAUCAAACAACAUUCUCCAACCAAACCUGUGAUUGUGUUCGUUUCAUCACGUCGACAAACUAGGCUAACCGCUUUGGAUCUCAUUACAUUAGUUGCUUCGGAUGAUCAUACCAUGGGCAUACCGUUUUUACAUAUAGACAACGAAGAUGAAUUAGAUGCAUUAUUAGAAACAGUUAAAGAUUCAUAUUUGAAGCAUACUCUUCGAUUCGGUAUCGGUAUGCAUCAUGCCGGUUUGGUCGAGAAUGAUAGAAAACUUGUUGAACAAUUGUUUGCUGAACAAAAGAUUCAAGUUCUGAUCACAACGGCCACAUUAGCAUGGGGAAUUAAUCUUCCUGCACAUGCAGUCAUCAUCAAAGGCACCGAAUUCUUCGAUGGUAAAAAAGGUCGUUAUGUUGAUUUUCCCAUAACAGAUGUUUUGCAGAUGAUUGGUCGUGCUGGCCGUCCUCAAUUCGAUACUUCAGCAGUUGCCAUUUUGUUUGUUCACGACAUAAAAAAAGAAUAUUAUCGCAAAUUUUUAUAUGAACCAUUUCCAGUUGAAUCGCAUCUGUUGGAUGCAUUUCCCGAUCAUUUAAAUGCUGAAGUUAUAACUGGUACUGUGAAAAAUAAGCAUGAAGCCAUGGAAUUUCUUUCAUCAACAUAUCUUUAUCAUCGUAUUAUUAAGAAUCCAUCAUAUUAUGGAGUUGAUCUUGGAGAAUUAAGUGAGCAUCAACUCAGUGAUGAAAUGGUUCUUAACACUUUGGUAAUCAAAUUUCUUUCUACAUAUAUUGAUCAAUGUGUUCAAUUGUUAAUCGAUAAUUAUUGUAUACGAGUAGUCGAUGAAGAAAAUCAAUCGCAGGAACAAUAUGGAAAAGAUGAUAGCUUUGUCAAUCAGUUUCUUUCGCCAACGCCAUUAGGAAAAAUAGCAUCCUAUUAUUAUUUAUCAUACAAAACUAUUCGCUUAUUUCAAGAUCGACUUUGUUCUUCAGAUCACAAAACAGGUCAGCCACAAUUCACCUACUAUAAACCUAGUGAAAUUCUCGAUCUACUCACAAUGGCUACCGAAUAUGCUACUCUCCCUGUUCGACAUAAUGAAGAAUUAUUGAAUGCACAGCUUGCUAAAAUAUGUCCAUUCAAAAUGGAACGUCGUUCUAUGGAUUCACCACAUACUAAAGCUAACCUGUUGCUUCAGGCACAUUGUUCACGUUCUCCUUUACCGAUUGUUGACUAUUAUACAGAUUUAAAAACAGUUUUGGAUCAAGUCUUGAGAAUAUUCCAGGCAAUGAUCGACAUAUCAGCUCUAAAUGGAUCACUUCCUACUACGAUCAACAUAAUCAAUUUACAACAAAGUAUUAUUCAGGCAUCAUGGCAGAAUUCCAAUCAAUUAUUGUUACUUCUCGAAACGGAUCACAAAUCUACAGCUAAUGAAUUUAUUGAUGAUAAUCUGAACGAUGCUUCAGAAUAUUAUCAAAAUCGUCAACAUCAAAUGGACGCAGCCAUCACUGAUAUUUGCAGACUUUCGAAAGAAAUCUGUUCACUUCCGGUACUUUUACAGUUCUUGCAACAAAACAGUUAUUCAAACAAACGAAAUGAUUCUAAAUUAUUCAAGGCAUUCAAAGAUCUUUUCGAAGAAUAUUCUAUUCAUCCGAAUAUACUUUCCCGCCUUUUCAAAUCAUUGACACAAUUACCGCUGAUAAAUGUUGAAAAAAUAUCAAUAAAUAAGAUUGUUGAUGAAGACAUGGAUUCAGAAAGUUGGUUGCCACAAGAAAUAUUAAAAGAAAAUACUUUCGUAUCUCGACGUGAUAUUGAAUGGCUUCAGCUCCAGCCAUCUUCUGAUUACUGUGUUUGUUGCCAAUUAAAACGAAUCUCUUUAUCUUCUAAUCAAAAUCCUAAAAGUCAACGAGCAUAUUGUCCAUCAUUUCCAAAACCAAAAUCAGAAUCCUGGUAUUUGAUUCUUGGAUGUGAAGAAGAAUCCGAAUUGAUCACCAUAACCAGAGUGCCUUGUAUUCAUCCAUAUUCAACACAGGUGAACAUUCGAUUUAGAACACCAGAUAUUAGAUCAUCAAAACGAAUACUUUAUACCCUAUAUUUGCUCAGUGAUUGUUACAUUGGUUUGGAUCAACAAUAUAACAUACCAUUGCAAAUUAAUUGAUUGAUGUGCCUUUUUUUGUCAAAAAAAUAAAAUAAAAUUUCACUUUACUGUGAUAAAUAUAAAUAAUGU